GACCGUGAGGGCGGAGCUCAGACGGCGCUCAGCUGUGGCCUCGCACGGUGCCGCCCGCUCCUCCUCCCCGUCACCCGUCACCCCCACAUGUCUCACCACCCUCACUGUGCCAGCGGCGGCAUGUGGAGCGUCAUGAGUGAGAACAUGUUAUCGCAGAGUUUCCCGGUGCACCGCGCGUGUCGCGACGGUGACGUGAGCACCCUGAGGGUGCUGCUGCAGCAGGAGGCCGUCCGCGCCCACCUCACCCUCGAGGACACCUACUACGGCUGGACGCCCGUCCACUGGGCCGCCUACUUCGGCAAGAUAGAGUGUCUGCGAGCAUUAGUAGGUGGUAUGGGUACCGGAGCGACUGCCAUCCCUGCCAUGACUACCUCACGCUUCACACAGACUCCGGCACACAUUGCUGCCUUCGCCAGGCAUCCUCACUGUCUGCAGUGGCUCUUACAGGCUGGAGUUGAUCCAAAUGCUCAGGAUUACUUGGGAGAAACCUCGCUGCACAAGGCAGCACGCACAGGCUCUACAGAAUGUGUUAAUCUACUGAUUGCAAACAAGGCCAAAAUUGGGCUUCAUAAUAACAAUGGUCAGACAGCUGCUCAACUCGCCAAUGCAUGUAGCUAUACAGACCUUGCCAAUCAUCUGUUACAGCUGGAAAAAACACAAGGUGUGACAGCAGAAGUGAAUGGCUCCAUCACUUGUAGUGUACCAUCUCAUGGCCUCAAUGGAGGAGUCUUCCCAACCUGUGCCGAAUCUGCUCUCUCCAAGAAUAAAUGCCUCCUCCUAUCUUCUAAUGGCAUGACUACUACCACUGAUUUGUUAUCAUCAUCUGCCACUACAAAUGGAAAGGCUCCUACCACUAAUAGUCAAACCAUCAAUGGCACAUGCAUAUCAUCUAAUGGCUAUUAUGGAUUUCAACCUGCAAAUUGCCAAGAUAAUGGGCAAGUGAGUGGCCAAACAAAUACUGCUACCAAUGGACACAAUAUGCAGUCUGAUGAAUGUGACAUGGAAACAGACACGAUGGUUAGUGAUAAUUGUAAUGAAGCUGCUGCCAGUCACACAAGGCAAAGUGAAUCUUCGGUUACUAAUGUCACUGUAAAUGGUUUACAUUCUCAUCCAAUGAAUGGCCAUGCAGAUAGGAUCACACUUGGGUUUACUAAUGGACAUGUAAUUGGAACAGUUCUUGGAUUUGCAAAUGGACAUGCAGUUGGAAACAUGGCCACUGUCACCAAUAGCCAGAGUACAGAAUUAAUCCCCAGUAUUACAAGUGAAAAUAAUCACAAAGAUUUAAAUGAUUUCACAUUCAGAAAGCAUAGUAAUAUGGGAGAAGACAUCACCCUCAACCCAGGGGUUUCACAAAACCACAUUCCAAUAGCAGGCUGCAAAAGAUCACGAGAAGAAGGAGUUAUUCCAGAGAUGAAGCGGAUGAGAACUGAGGGCUCUCUGUUCUUCCCCGAUAUAUGCAGUCCAACUAGACCACAAGCUAUAUCCUCCAGCUACCAACACAGAGUCCCAUUUUGUGAUAUAACAAAUAAUUCAUGUAGCCCCUUAAGGGCAGCUCCUGGGCAGCCCAGCGUUCAAAAUUCUAGUUUUGUGGGCACUGAAAAAUCUGGAGAGUUUUAUAACAAAAUUGAAAUGGACGCUGACUCAAUGCCAAUAGAUGAAGCGGAGUGUGUGUGUAGUGAAUAUCAUAAAAACCACACGGUGACCGAGGCAGUGGUUGAUGCAAAUACUGAGCUCAUUGCAGAAAUGCUCAGGGAAACCCAUGGCUGUGAGCCAUAUUUGUUUUUCUAGUAAAGGACAGUUGCAGUGUUAAUUAUUUAGAAGAGGAUAAUGGAGACAGAAACAUUAAUAAAAUGGUAUAAGAUGAGAGUGCGUGGGAGGGAAAGUGCUGUCGUGUCCCGAUGACAAUGGAUCUUCCAUCGACCUCCUCCACACAAGCCAUUUCUCAAUGCUCAUCCAUGCUCGAUCACUUUUCUACUGUCAAGGCUGAGAAUGGUUAUG